CUGCUAUAAAGAGCCGCUCCCUCCUGCUCGCACUCGGGUUAACAUGGCGGUGUAGACCAUCCCGGAGGCCGGCAUCUCACUCAGACCGAACCUGCCGUGAGCGGAGAAACAGCCCUUUACCACCCACCCCCGGGAAGGCCGCCGACUCACGCAGACGGGGCGAGUGCGGGACAAGACAUCGCUUGUUGGGGAACGGUUCUGGCAUUUGAGGGGGGGGAGGUGACCAUCUCUGCCUGCCAAGCUGGACUCUUAACUAUGGAAUGCAUUCACCUGAUUAUCCCAAGCCUAAAAAACUUUAUUAACACUACACAGAGAAGCAUUAGUUAGCAGUGAGACAUCUCUGAAUACUACUAAGCACUUUCCCAAAAGGAGAAAACAGUUUACAGAAGCUUGGCCUGUGUUUUGAGUGAGUGAGAGCGAGUGAGUGUGUCUGUGUUUCUUCAAUUCCUCUUCUGUGCACAUACUUGGAAAAAAAAACACAAAAAUGAUGCUGGAGAAUUACUUGUGGAUGGUGGUAGUGGGCUUUAUAAUAGCCUUUAUCCUUGCUUUCUCUGUGGGUGCGAAUGAUGUGGCCAAUUCAUUUGGUACUGCUGUGGGCUCUGGUGUCGUGACACUACGCCAGGCCUGCAUCCUGGCUUCCAUUUUUGAAACAACCGGAUCUGUACUGCUGGGAGCGAAGGUUGGAGAAACUAUCCGGAAAGGGAUCAUAGAUGUUAAUCUGUACAAUGGGAGUGAGAACGUGCUCAUGGCUGGUGAAGUCAGUGCAAUGCUUGGUUCUGCUAUCUGGCAGCUGAUUGCUUCAUUUUUAAAGCUUCCGAUAUCAGGCACUCACUGUAUAGUUGGAGCUACCAUUGGUUUCUCACUAGUUUCAUUUGGUGCUCAUAGUGUUCGAUGGAUUCAACUUAUCAAAAUUGUUGCCUCCUGGUUCAUUUCCCCACUUCUCUCUGGGGCCAUGUCUGGCCUACUCUUCGUCUUAAUUCGAUUCUUCAUCUUGAAAAAGGAUGAUCCAGUGCCGAAUGGCCUGCGUGCACUCCCGCUGUUUUAUGCUGCUACUGUAGGGAUCAAUGCCUUCUCAAUUUUGUUCACAGGCGCUCCAAUGCUAGGGUUGGACACACUCCCAUUCUGGGCAAUAAUAGUGAUCACCCUCGGUGGGGCCCUGCUGUGUGCAAUCAUUGUGUGGCUGUUGGUAUGCCCUUGGAUGAAGAGGAAAAUAGAAAAUAAACUGAAGCAAAGUGUGCUGUGUAGGAUAUCAGAUGAAAGUCUUGAUAAAAGCCAAGAUGAAGAUACACCAGUAUUUAAAGAACUGCCAGGUGUGAAGGAUGGGGAUGAGUCUGUGCUGCCUCUAACUGGUGAAAUCUGUGACGAUGCUGGAGGAAUCCCAGACAGCCAUGUUGCUGGAUCAACUGGAGUAUCAAAUGGUAGAGCUGCAUCUCUUACAAAUGGCAGCCUGAAAUCUCCAUUUUCAAAUGGUGCAUUUAAUUUUGAAGGACACACAAGGAGUGAUGGUCACGUGUACCAUACCGUGCACAAAGACUCUGGACUGUACAAAGAUCUGUUGCACAGAAUACACUUGGACAAGGUUACUGAUGAUCGGCCACAACCUGAAAAUUCCUACCGCCUUCUCCGUCGCAACAAUAGCUACACGUGUUAUACUGCUGCUAUCUGCGGUUUGCCUGUCCAGCCAACUUUCAAGUCCUCUGAUUUUGUGGGGACAGAAGACAGUGAGAAGCUCGUGGGUGAAAUGGCCUCCUACUCUAAGAAGCGGCUACGCUAUGACAGCUAUUCCAGCUACUGCAAUGCAGUGGCUGAGGCAGAGAUUGAGGCAGAAGAAGGUGGGGUGGAGUUGAAGCUUGCCAGUGAGCUGAGUGACCCCUUACCACCACCAGAAAAUGCCAUGGAUGAAGACAAAGAGGAAGAGGAGAAGCCCCAAGUCCAUCUGCUCUUUCACUUCCUGCAGAUCCUCACUGCUUGUUUUGGGUCAUUUGCACAUGGUGGGAAUGAUGUGAGCAAUGCAAUUGGUCCCCUUGUUGCUCUUUGGCUGAUCUAUCAGGAGGGAGCUGUGCUGCAGAAUGCUGCUACACCAAUUUGGUUGCUGCUAUAUGGAGGCUUGGGUAUCUGUGCUGGUCUCUGGGUCUGGGGGAGGCGAGUCAUUCAAACAUUGGGCAAAGAUCUCACUCCAAUCACCCCAUCAAGUGGAUUCACUAUUGAGUUGGCUUCGGCGUUCACAGUUGUGGUUGCUUCCAAUGUUGGACUUCCAAUCAGUACCACACACUGCAAGGUUGGAUCUGUGGUGGCUGUGGGAUGGAUCCGAUCACGCAAAGCUGUGGACUGGCACUUAUUUCGUAACAUUUUCCUGGCCUGGUUUGUGACUGUCCCAGUCUCUGGCCUCUUUAGUGCAGCUGUUAUGGCACUGUUUGUGUAUGGAAUACUGCCAUAUGUUUAAUUUUUAUGUUCAAAUUUUGUGAUUUUUACACUAUUUCUAACCAGCAGUGUGAGGUGUCCUUUUCUUUCUUUCUACCCACUUCUGCCUUGUCCCACCCCUGCCCUCUUAAGAGGUGGUUUAUUCCUUUUCCUUUUAUCCUUUUUCAAGAGGAAUUAAACAGCUAUAAACUAAUUUGCAUUUCAUCACAUGCUGUAAAUAACACUACAAGUGCUCAUUUGAUGACUUGAUAGCAUGUAACAGCAAAGACUUGUUACAUAGUGUAAGUGAGUGAUGCCCAAAUUGUGGUGUUUGUGGAAUGGAUGGUACUGCUUGGAUAACUUGUUCCCUUAGACUGAUGUGUGUGAAGAUGCUGUAUAUAUUGUAUUAUUACUCUCUAGAAAGUUUUUUUUUGUAUGGAUCUGGGGUAUAAAAAGGUGAAUUUAAAAAGAAAUAUAUAUAUAAUGCCAUGGUUUACCAAAAUCAUCCUUCUGAUGCAAAACGAGGUAUUAAAACCCUACGCUUGAGUAAUUCAAGUUUUUUUUAAAAACAAGGCACUGUUACUUACAACUGAGCCUACUCCUAAUUUGCCCUGCGUGCUACAAACACCAUAAUGCAAAUUGACACAGAUUCAUUGUGUUGAGUUUCAUGGAAACUUGAUGUUAUAAUUAUAAAUUUGACACUUCUAUUGUAUUAUAUUGUAAUUUCUAUUGUAAAUACUUUCUAAAGAUAUCUAAGUUUGUGUGUUUUUUUUUAAUUGGGACACAUUUCACUCACUCAUUUUAGACUUAAAAAAAAAAAUCGAAUGUACCAAAGAUUCAAGAAUAAAGAUUUGACAGUGUUUCCACUUUGGUUUUAUUGAAAUGCCUGUUUGUAAUUCAGGAUCCUUCUCCAGCUCUUUGCUAUUUAAGCAAUAGUUGGGCUGUCCUUGCCAGAAACAGAUUUCAUUGAUCCGUUUCAACCAAAAUGAAAAGUAUUGUUCUAUCUGGGAGAUGACAGCAAUGUCAUCAAAUCAAGUAUCAAGGUAGCUUUGGGAUAUCUGGCCGUUCCAAUGGCCAAUGCUCUUAAUGUUAUUGGUAAUUUAGCAUACUAUUAUAGAGGGGGUCAGGGGUUCUUCCAACCAUUGGUAUAACCAGGAGGAAUGGUAAAAACACUAGACAAACUGAGCUGUGCCCAAGUUGCACAGACCAGUUGGAAGGCCCCCUCCAGAAAUCCAGUCUCUGUAAAUGGGUUAUGGUCAACUGAAAUAAAGGUUACCUCGAUUUUUACCUUUUUUUUAACUAACUAACUUAAUACUGCAUGUAGUUAGAUUGUAGUCCUUUUUUUGUUUUGCAUUUAAAGAUUGUGUCAGUUUAGAAACUGUUGAGGGUGGUGGCGAGGAAGAGUGAAAGAAGGAAAUAAACUGUCAGUGAUAUUUGCCAUAUCGUCCACAUGACAAAAUGAAUGAAGGCUAGUGAGAUUUUGUUUUAAUUACCUAUACUAUUAGGCAAUUUGAUCUCAUUGCUCAUUUAUACAUCAACCCAUUAUUGGGAUUAUAUAUUGUAUGCCCUCCAAUUUGUUGAUCCUUCUGUUUGGUCCAUCUCUAGCAAUUGUAGGAUGACGAGAUGAGAGAUACUCCUUGACUUUCAUUGUAUUAGUAAGACGUUCAUUAGAACAAAUGAGCAAAUAGUUUCAAAGUGGUGAUUGUGUGAAACGUUCCCUUUGGAAUUAACCUUGUAAAAGUUCUAAUUGGUUAAGUUCAUGUAUUAGCACAUAACAUGCUGCCAUAAUGCUCCUUGGUGACCUGUUUUUAAUAUAAAUCCUACAUCUUUUAAAUGUCUUGUUAAAACGGAGUACAAUGAAAUGUGUAUUACAAGUGUUAAGUGUUUGUAAGUGAACUUUGCAAAUUGCAGUCUCAAUCCUAGCAUCUUUCCAGGACUGUUGUUUAAAAAUGGAUUGUAGAAACUGCAGAACUUCUGGCAAUGACUAAAACUAGGGAUAAUUUUCCUCUGCUGAAGAUUAUUUAUACUAAAACUGGUCAGUCUGUCUGUCUGUCUGUCUGUCUUGGUAGAAAACCCAACCCCCAAGGUACCCAUCUGAACAAAAAAAGCAGAUUGCUAUCCUUGGUCUUAACCUUGCCGUAAUUCACGGUCUAAGGUGAAAGUUCGACACUUAAGUAGGCAAGGUGGUUCAGAAGAAAGCAUUUAGCACAUUCACCUUCAUUGCUCACUCCUUUUUAAGUAAAGGAGUUGAGACGUCAUGUUGAGGUUAUAAAGGGUGUUGGUGAGGCCUCUUCUGGAGUAGUGUGUUCAGUUUUGGUUGCCCUAUUACAGGAAGGAUAUUAUUAAAUUGCAGAGGGCUCAGAAAAGAUUUACCAGGCUGUUGCCAGGACAAGAGUUAGGCUGGGACUGAUUUCAUUGGAGCAUUGGGGGUUGAGGGGUGACCUUUUAUAAAAGGUUUAAUAAAUCAUGACUCUGACAGAUAAGGUGAAUAGCAUGUGUAUUUUCCCUAGGGUAAGUGAGCUCAAGUCAUUAAACUGAGGUUCCAUAUCCCUUUUUGGAUGGAUAUGAAGAUCCUGUUGCAGUAAUUUAAAGCUGCAUGGAGUUCUACAGUGCAUCUUAAUCCAUAUUUAUCUCUCCAAACAACAUGAUAGUUAACAGAUCAUCUGGUCAAUAUCCAAUUGCUGGUUGUGCAGUCUUACUGUAUGCAAAAUGGCUGCUGAAUUUCCCUACAUUACAACAGUGACUACACUUCAGAAUUGCUUUUACGUCCUGAGGUAGUGAUAGGUGCUCUCUCAAUGCAAGUUAGUUCUUUAUAAACUAUUGUUCAAUUACUUUCCGAAUGGUUAUCCUGACCAGUGUAUUUUAAAAUCCCAUUGGAUGUUCAGUUUCCAAUGCUGCAGGCUAAAAUCCCUCCAUUGUGGUGCACCUUUGGUGUCUUCCAGGAAUCUAUCCACUGUAAAUGUAUUAUUUUUGAUUACAUGUAUCAUAUUGGCAGUAACUGACUUGUUCCCCUAGUUGGGGGAGUGAAUUCAUUUGUACUAAAGUGAUGGGAAAUUUUAAAUUUUCAAUGAGCUAUAUUAAAAUAGUAAGACUA